CAGUGAGUUGACCCGUUCCGGUAUUACGUCACGCCAUGUGGACAAGUAUGGCUGCUCCCUGUCGAACAUUAAUGUGACGAAUAAGAGGGCAAAUUAAAAAUAAAUCCCGCGACAUUGCUAAAUGAAAGUCUAGCUGGACACCCCCGGAUUUGUCCCCCAGCCCUCAGAUUUUGGAAAUUCCGAGCUGUCAGCAUGGCAAAUGAGCAGCAGGUGGCAGCAGUGGGCAGAAUCCUGGCCAACCCACAGGAAAACCUAACAGCCCGCUUUCGGGCGCUCUUCACCUUGCGCAACCUCGGCGGGGCCCAGGCUAUCGACUGGAUCAGCAAGACGUUUGUGGACGACUCGGCGCUGCUGAAGCACGAGCUGGCCUACUGCCUGGGCCAGAUGCAGGAUGAACGGGCUAUUCCCACGCUGGAAGCUGUGCUGAAGGAUAUUUCCCAGGAGCCAAUGGUGCGACAUGAAGCUGGAGAAGCCUUGGGGGCGAUAGGGAACCCAAAGGUCCUUGACCUGCUGAAGAAAUAUGCUGAUGACCCAGUGAUAGAGGUGGCAGAGACAUGCCAGCUAGCCGUUCGGCGGUUGGAGUGGCUCAUGAGCAGCAGAGACCCCGAGGAGGACGGGAUGGACCGCAACCCCUACUCUUCAGUUGACCCUGCCCCCCCAGCCCAGCGCAGGAGCAUUCCAGAGCUGCGGGCACAGCUGCUGGACGAGACGCUCCCGCUGUUCGAACGCUACAGGGCCAUGUUCGCGCUACGUAACCUGGGAAGCGCGGAGGCCGUGCUGGCGCUGGGAGAAGGUCUCCAGUGUGGCAGUGCCCUGUUCCGCCAUGAGGUGGCCUACGUGCUGGGCCAGAUGCAGCACGAGGCUGGCAUUCCGCAGCUGCAGGCUGCGCUGGAGCGGCGUGGCGAGAACGCCAUGGUGCGGCACGAGUGCGCCGAGGCCCUGGGCGCCAUCGGCAGGGAGUCAUGCCUGCAGACGCUGCAGCGAUACCGGGACGACGGCGAGCGCGUGGUGAAGGAGAGCUGCGAGGUGGCGCUGGACAUGUACGAGUAUGAGAACAGCUCGCAGUUCCAGUACGCUGACGGGCUUCUGCGUGUGCAGGGAGCAGAGUGAGAGGCAUGCACAGAAAAUGCGCCGGAGGCGGACCGUGCAUAUUCACCACCGCAGCAUGGACACGCAGCAGCAACACCAAACUGUCGACCUACUUUAUCCUGUUCCAGUAGUGAGAGCCAAACGCAAUAAAUGCAUAUUCGACCCAGCAACAUGGGCGCAUUCUUAAAGAGAAACAUACAUGAACAGUACCAAACUGUCAGUCUAUUUCAUCCUGUUCCUCUCAUACAUGUGAUUGUCAAAUCGUCAAAUUCUAGAAGAUAUCAAGCGUUUUCAUUGUGUUUGCUUAUUAUAUGACUUUUGUUUCUUAUUUAUUGGAGCAAACUAGAAAUGUGUAAAAUUGAGUAAAAAGAUUAGUAAUCAAUUACAGGACAGUUACUUCAGAUGACAGAUCUUUAAAAACGUUAAAAUGAACUGUCAAGAUUAUUUUUUAUCUUCUUUCCUUUUUUAAAAGGUAUUAGAAACUCAGAGUUGAGUAUGUAAGCUAAUAAAAAUCAUUGAAUGUUUUGGA